CAUGUCAAAGCCAUUUAAUUAAAUAAAUUCAAUGGCAGAUUUUGUAUAGUAUAAAUUAUUAUUAUUAUAUUUUUUUUUCAAAUAAAAGCUGCCAUUUUAGUUAGUGCACUUUUUACAUAAUGGACAGCAAUAAAGACGAGGCUUUAAGAUGCAUAGAUGUUGCCGAAAGGUACAUCAAAGAAAAAAACAAAGAAAAAGCCCAAAAGUUUCUUUAUAAAGCUGAAAAAUUGUUCCCUACACAAAAGGCAAAAGAUCUCCUGCUACAAAUCCAAAUCAUGCCCGAUUCAGUUGCGACAGACCAACCGAGAAAACGUAAAAAUUCACUGCCCAGAGAAGAGAAACCAAAAAUACUGGAAUAUUCGACUGAACAAUUGGCCCUGGUGAAAAGAAUAAGAUCUUGUAAAGACUACUACGAAAUCCUAUGUAUAAGCAAAGACGCCACAGACAGCGAAAUCAAAAAGGCUUACAAGAAAAUCGCCUUGCAAUUGCACCCGGAUAAAAAUCGAGCCCCAGGUGCUGAUGAGGCCUUCAAAGCUGUAGGCAAUGCUGUAGCUGUCUUAACAGACAUGGAAAAACGCAAACAAUAUGAUUUGUAUGGUAAAGAAGGCGACAGGCCUGCCAGACACCAUAACAGCUACAACAGAGGAUUCGAAACUGAAGUGAAUCCAGAAGAAUUGUUCAACAUGUUUUUCGGUACUGGAUUUGGUUCUAAUGUUUAUGUUAGACGAGGUGGUAGAUGGCAAAGGCAGGCAGCUGAUAGGGAACAUCAUGAACAUAGACAUAGAGGAGAAAAUGCCAAUGGAAAUAUGUCAGCAUUUGUGCAACUAUUACCAAUCCUAAUUGCUAUUCUUUUAUCAAUGGCUUCUAGUUUUUUUAUUUCUGAUCCUGCUUAUAAUUUAUCUGCAAGCGCUAAAUAUCCAAUAAUGAGACGUACCCACAACUUGCAAGUACCCUAUUAUGUCAAAGACAAUUUCCAUAUAGAAUAUCAAGGAUCUGUAAAACGUCUCGAAUUAUCAGUGGAAGAGGAUUAUGUUUCGAAUUUGAGACAUCAGUGUUAUCGCGAAAAAAGCUACAGAGAUUCAAUGAUUUGGAAAGCGAGAAACUUUGGCGACGAUAAGCUCUAUCACAACGCUCAGAAAAUUAAAACUCCUUCUUGUGAGACGCUUCAGAAUCUGAGAAACCAUGGAAAUUUAUAGGAAUAAAUUUGUUUUUAGUCGGAGAGUUUUUAGGAAUUUGAUUAUUAUUAUUAUUUUUUUUUUUUUGAGCAUUUAAUUAAAAGUUGAAGUAUACCUACUACUUAUAUGAUAUACAAUAUAUAGCUUUUUUGCAUGGUUUAAUUCUAGUCAUUGUUUAAUUAUUUUAUUGAUUGCAAUUGUUUGAAUUUUUAAUAAUUAAAAAAGCAAAAGUAUUACACAUAAAACUGUAAUGUGUUACAAAUAUUUUAGAUGUAGGUAGUGAAAUUGUUGUUUAUUUGUUAUUUAAGUAUCUCUGAAUAAAAUAAUUAUUAGAACGAA